CUGCUUAAAUCUGUCAGAUUUGGGGUAUUUAUAACUUUAACUUGUGGGGUUACUUCUGGUCUCACUGGUUUCACAUUGCAGUGACUAUUCUGAACUCAUGCAGCAGCUUCAGCCUUUAGCCUGAAGGGGAUGGAACAUGGCCAGUGCUGCUCUGCUCCCACAGGAGCGCAGAGGAGAGAGAGAGCCAGGCUUUUGUUCUCCUCCUCUCCUCUGCUCCCCACACACACACACACACACACACGAUCCGUGCUGGGUGUAGAAGGAACGACGUGUUUCUGGUUCUCAUGCUCUCCUCACACGCUCUGAUUUCCUCGCAGUUGUCGCCAUUCCCUGCCUCAUGGCCAGCCUGGGCCGCAGCGCGCCACUGCCCACCGAGAGCGGCGCACUUGUUGCGGAUCCCGCCUUUCAGGAGGCGGUGGAGCGGAGCCGCAGCCUGACACAGAAGAUCCUGCUCGCCAUUCCCGACACGCACAGCGCCUGCAUCCACACAGAGCAGACUCUACAGCUAAACUCCCCCGAUAAUGCAAAGCUGGAGAUCAUGGCGGCCAACAUUGGCAUCCCCGCUGCUCCUGUGCUCAGAGCCCUGUCUGAGAACUUCACUCUGAGAACCUGUCUGAGAAACAUGACUGAGGGUCUGCAGCAGCACCGGGCCUUACUGAGCGCCAUCUCUGAGCGGCUGCCAAACAAAAUGACCGGGCUCACGUCGGACAUCAAGGAUCUCUCGAUCCAGAUCAACAAGAUGCAGAAAAUGGUCUACAAAGAGGCCGCGGUGCAGCCCACGCCCACGCCGAUGUCACUACAGCUGCAGGGGGAGUAUGAGGUUCAGGUGGCAGCUCACCUGAUCCUGGUGCAGCUGCAGUCGUUUGGACGGGACAUGGACCGCUGUCUGCGGACCAUGGACCGCGGCGACGACGACACGGAGAGCUGACCAAGAAGCGUCCUCGCGUGACUGCUUUUUUAUUUUUUUACUUUUUCCUCUGAAAAUUAACUUAUACUGCCAUUUUUUUGUUAUGGCAUUAAUUUAUUUGUUGCUAGAAAAUAUUUUAUAUUUUUUUAAGAUCUAUCUAUUUAAGUAUUUAUUUGUGUAUUUGGAUGCUGCAGUAAUUUAUGAAGGAACCCUUUUCUUAAGUUAAGUGAAUGUACUUUGUUUUCGCAAUAUUCUCACAGUACAAACUAUAUAUAUGUAUAUAUGUGUAUUUAAUGGUCUUCACUUAUGAUUGCGUUAGCUAAUCAUACUGUAUUUAUGCACUGUAAUUAUGAGAACUGUAUGUAAACACUGUGCUAGUGCAAUUAAAACGCAGGAGGUUGUGUUUUAGUUUGCCCCGGUUUGCGUAAAAUACCUAAAAUUAUUCAAGUUUGCAAACAGACAAAUUCUCCUUCUGUUUUCCACCUUUGUGAUCACGUCUUGCAGUAAUGUAACACCAGGGAUGUGCGAUAUGAUCAGGACAAUAUCGGCAUCAGCCAAUGUUGCAUUUACAUCAUCUAAUACAUCUAAUGACCAAAACAGUAGGCCGCACAGGCUGCUGCCUUCAUGUCCCGUUCGUUUUAAAUGUUUCUUUUUACACGAUGAAGAAAACGCAUCGUCUACACGUGCUGUGAAAUGAGUAGGGCAAAAUAUACUGGUGACAAUUUCAAUAUCAUGCAAGUGUUUGUCCACAAGUGCUUUCAUAAGUUUAAAAUGUAUACAUCGAUCCCAGAUCAAGUGUACGCUUAAAAACUGUGCUUUGUUUUGUGUGACCGAGAGGUUUACCUUUCUGUCAAUCGUAACCAUUGAGAAUAAAGCAUUAUGAAUGUAUCAAUCAAUUCUA